CCUGUGAAAAUCAGCCGCGAAGGAAUCUCCUCCCUCGCAGGAUAAGGUGCCGUGGGCGUAAACAGGGUGGGUUCUUCCACUCCCGGCCUCUAGUUCUUUCCCUCCAGAGGUGAUGGCCAAAUGCUACUCCGAUUGGCCCCCGAUCCCGCCUCUGCGUCCGUCGCGAAGAACGCCGCCGCAAUCCCACGCCUCCCUGUGCGCGAUCAGGCGGCAGCUCGCGUCCUUCGUGCUCCACUGCUCCAGGUCCUGCGCCUCCCCUCUCCUCGAGCCCAAGAACCUGCCCGAUGAGUUCCCGGCCGUGCCGGCUGCGCCGGCGCCGGCGCCGCUGCCGGAUGCCGCCCCGAAGCUCGGCAUAUCCAACAAGUUCAUCCGGGGCCUCUGCAGCGACCCACAGACCGAGCAGCUCGCCUUCGAGUGCUACCGGAGGGCGCUGCUGCAGCCGGGGUUCCUGCCGGAGAAGAAGACGGCCAACGCGCUCACCGUGCAGCUGCUCAGGGCCAAGCAGUGGGGCUCGCUGGAGCUGCUGGUCCAGGACUUCGGCGCCUACGGCGUGCUCCCGGAGAAGCGGACGUGCGCGCGGCUCGUCGCCUGCUGCAUCAGGGCGAGGCGGUUCGGCCUCGCCGACGCGGUGCUCGCCGUCCUCGAGGCCAAGAAGGGGGCGCCCGCCGUGAUGGCCUUCGGCGCGGCCAUGCAGGCGUACAACAAGCUGCACAUGUACCGGAGCACGGUGCUGCUGUACGGGCAGGCGAGGGUGGCUCGCCUGCCGCUGAGCGCCGCCGCCUACCGCGCCGUGAUGGCGGCGUGCGGCGCCCUAGGCGAGCCGGACAUGGUGGCGUCGCUGUUCAAGCUCUACAGGUCCCAGAAAUGGUACCCCUCCGGUGGCUGCGUGGAGGCGUACGCCAUCGUCUGCGACGCGCUGGGGAAGGCGGGCAGAGCCCUGGACGCGCUGCGGAGCCUGCGGGAGAUGGAAGCCGACGGGCUCUUGCCAAACGCCGCGACCUACUCCUCCGUCAUUGGCGCUCUGGCAGAUGCCCGGGAGAAGCCGGCGGCGGAGGACCUGUACCACGAAGCCUGGGACAGCAAGAUGCUGGCGGAUCCCGACAUGUUCCUGAAGCUGACCGUCAUGCACGUCGAGGCUGGUGUGGUGGAGGAAACCAUAGAGGUCGCCAAGGACAUGAGGCAGAUCGGCCUGAGGGUCACGGACUGCAUCCUCUCCACAAUCAUCAAUGGCUUCGUGAAGAGGAGAGGCCUGAAACCAGCCAUCAGAGCGUACGACAAGCUGGUGUUCAUCGGGUGCGAGCCUGGUCAGGUCACCUACGCCUCGGUCAUCAACGUGUACUGCCGGCUUGGCCGCAGCGACAGGGCAGAAGCCGUCUUCUCGGAGAUGAUCGGCCGAGGCUUCGACAAGUGCGUGGUCGCCUACGGCAACAUGAUCUCAAUGUACGGCAAGAUCAGGAGAGCACCAGAGGCCAUGAAGCUGCUGGCCACGAUGAAGCAGAAGGGGUGCGAGCCCAACGUCCAGGUGUACAACUCCCUUCUCGACAUGCACGGCCGGCUCGGGAACUCGAAGCAGGCCGAGAAGAUCUGGAAGGAGAUGGCGCGGCGCAAGGUCCGGCCUGACCGGAUCAGCUACACGGCCAUCAUCCUGGCGAACAACCGGGCGGGGGAGCUGGAGCGGUGCAUGGAGCUGUACCAGGAGUUCAGGGAGACCGGAGGGAAGGUGGACAAGGCCAUGGCCGGGCUCAUGGUUGGGGUGUUCUCCAAGUGCAGCCGAUUCAACGAGCUCAUCGAGCUGCUCAAGGACAUGGAUGGCACCAAGCUGGACCGGAGGCUGUACAUGACUGUCCUGCGAAGCCUCCGGGAUGCCGGCCUGGAGGUCCAUGUGAAGUGGCUCCAAAGUAACCUCACGUUCGUGGAAGAGAAAACCUGAUGCCAGGUGCCACGAGUUCUUGCUGUGCAUAUUCAGGGCCGAAGUAUAUCGGACGUCCAAGAAAAGGCAUUGCUCUGUAAAUGGAAACUGAAAAAACGGUAAAUAUUUGCUUGCCCAAUGCUCUCUUUUGAAGCUUGUAUGCUAUUGUUGCUCAAUUUCGAUCUUCAUUGGCUCAAGUGGAUAGCAAUGUAAAUGUAUUUUAAGGGAUGCCAACUUUGUACCAUUAAUGAUCUGAUUCGAAAAUUCUUGAA